ACGAGAAUAUUAUAAACAAUUUGCAGUUACUAAUGGUAGCGGAGAACUAGAGAUAUAAACUAUGUAGACUGGAAAAUACAGUUGCCUGAUUGAGAGUUAAAAUUGUUUAAACUGGAAACUUACCGUUGACUUGUUGUAGCAGUUGAACUACAAAAGGAACAGAGGGAAAAAAAACAGAGCAACGAAUCCAACAUCACCAACAAAAACACAAACGGUGGGUCUUCUUGUCUUAUUGAUCCUAUAAAAUGGCUAUGAACAGUGUGUCUGCGGAAGAAUUUAGUUUUCCAUUGCUUGCUUCCCAAGAUUCUUCUCAAAUUUCAGGCAUCGAUUCACCUCCACUGUGGAAACACUCGCCGGAGAAUAUACACGGGGUAGAUCAUGACAGAUGUUUUGGAAGUUACGAUGAUGACGAUCAGAGGAAGAGCUUCUCUUAUGUGGAAAGGAGAAGUCUUUGGAACGUUGAUGCAGAGGAGAAAAUGGAUAUGUUGUGGGAAUAUCUCAAUGAAGAACUGCCACCGAGAAGCCAGAGUCUUAGGAUCGAGCUCGGCGGAGAGAAGAAAUCGUCUUUGUUUCCCGAAGAGAGCUCCGCCGUGGUGUGCGGUAUGAAGUUAGCAAAGAAGACACCUCAGAGUAAGAAGAAGAAGAUCGGUACGAACGUGUUGGAGUUGAUGAGGGUUUUAAAGAGGAUUCUUGUUAUGCGGAGUUCGUCUCAGAGAUCACCGGCGAAAACUCAUACACGGUGAUCUCACUGUGAUAACUUUAAAUUGAGCGGUUUUGUGUACAAUUCAUAAAUAACGGGGCUUUUGUUGAGAAACAAAAAAAAAACUUACAUUUGUAGUUUGGGUGAUUCACAACAAUUAAUUUUCGAGACGAACAUUAAUUUGAUUUUG